CGGGGCUCCCCCCUGCUCGUCCCCCCACCGGGGGGGGGCACACAGCCAGCCUCCCGUGGGGCGAGGAUCAUGGCCUGGGCGCUGAAGCUGCCGCUGGCGGACGAGGUGAUCGAGUCCGGCCUGGUGCAGGACUUCGAUGCCAGCCUCUCGGGCAUCGGCCAGGAGCUGGGCGCCGGGGCCUACAGCAUGAGUGACGUCCUUGCCCUGCCCAUCUUCAAACAGGAAGAAUCGAGUUUGCCUCCAGAGAACGAGAACAAAAUUCUGCCCUUCCAGUACGUGCUGUGUGCGGCCACGUCCCCUGCGGUGAAGCUCCACGACGAAACGCUCACCUACCUCAACCAAGGGCAGUCGUAUGAAAUCCGGAUGCUGGACAACAGGAAAAUUGGGGAGCUGCCAGAGAUUAAUGGGAAACUGGUGAAGAGCAUUUUCCGGGUGGUGUUCCACGACCGGCGCCUGCAGUACACGGAGCAUCAGCAGCUGGAGGGCUGGCGGUGGAACAGGCCUGGGGACAGGAUCCUGGACAUCGAUAUCCCAAUGUCCGUGGGCAUCAUUGAUCCCAGAGCGAAUCCAACCCAGCUCAACACGGUGGAGUUCUUAUGGGAUCCUUCCAAGAGGACGUCCGUGUUUAUCCAGGUUCACUGCAUCAGCACGGAGUUCACCAUGCGGAAGCACGGCGGGGAGAAGGGGGUGCCCUUUCGGGUCCAGAUAGACACCUUUAAGGAGAACGAGAACGGGGAGUACACGGAGCACCUGCACUCGGCCAGCUGCCAGAUCAAGGUCUUCAAGCCCAAGGGAGCUGAUCGGAAGCAGAAGACCGACCGGGAAAAGAUGGAGAAGCGAACGCCCCACGAGAAGGAGAAGUACCAGCCCUCCUACGAGACCACGAUACUCACCGAGUGUUCUCCCUGGCCAGAGAUAACGUACGUCAAUAACGCACCGUCCCCUGGCUUCAACAGCUCCCACAGCAGCUUUUCCAUUGGAGAAGGGGCGGUGUUGUUGCCUGCGGGCAUCCCGUGCCAGGAAGGGAAGGGCAGUGCUAACCACGUGUUGUGCUCUGUCUGGCUCUUUCCCCCAUCUAGAAAUGGCUCUCCAAACCACCAGCCCGAGCCACCCCCUCCGAUCGCAGAUGUAAGUCACACUUCAGAGCUUGUGCUUGUGAACCUCUUGCCCACGAGCACCCCCCAGGAGGCCCAGCAGUGGCUGCACCGGAAUCGCUUCUCCACUUUUUCUCGGCUUUUCCGAAACUUCUCAGGUGCAGAUUUACUGAAGCUGACCAGAGAAGAUGUUAUCCAGAUCUGUGGCCCUGCAGAUGGCAUCAGGCUCUUCAAUGCGUUGAAAGGACGGAUGGUGCGGCCCCGACUGACCAUCUACGUGUGCCAGGAGUCCCAGCAGCUCAGGGACCUGCAGCAGAAGCACGAGGACGGGGACACCGUCACCAGCACGUUCUUCGUGUACCACGCCAUUUAUCUGGAGGAGCUGACGGCGGUGGAACUGACGGAGAAGCUGGCCCAGCUGUUCAGCAUCUCCUCGCAGCAGAUCAGCCAGAUUUACAAGCAAGGCCCGACGGGGAUACACGUGCUGAUCAGCGACGAGAUGAUUCAGAACUUCCAAGACGAAUCCUGUUUUGUUCUGGACACCAUGAAAGCUGAAACCAAUGAUAGCUACCACAUCAUCUUAAAAUAGAAGGGGACGGGAUAAGAGACACCUAUGAUCCUUUUGUCACGCAUGAAGACCCCUCACUUCCAGCACAAGGACACGAGCAGAGAUCUGGAUGCUCCUGGGCACCCUCUCAGCCCCCGAGCUGUUGGUUUCUCGGCUGCCUUUCUGGCAGGGGACCGCCUUGCUCUUACAGCCUGCGAGCUGCCAGUGAUGGAAACGUGCUGCUUGGUCGCUGGAGCUGCGAGGCUGAAGUCACCAGGCUGCGCUCUCCUCUAGCUCUCAGUAGAAAUUUGUCAUUGGGACCUAAGAUUGUGAAGGCUUUUCUCUGGCAAGCGUGCUCUGCUUUUCUGAGAGGCACCAGAUCCCGUGACGCUCACAGACUGGCAAGAAAACAUGAAUUGAAGUGGUCCAGCACACCCAGCUGGCCCUCCGGCACGUGCUGAGCUGAGCAGGUCUCAAACAUGCUAUGCGCUGUGCUGGUGGAGCGGUAGGCUAGGGCUGGGAGGGAUUUUCUUAAAGAUUUUGUUAAGCUUUCAUUUCAUAUUACAACGCAUCUGUUAGACAAAGGUGGUGACUUCUUUUUUCUCCUCUCCACCCACCCUGGAAACGGUGUGGUUGUGGUGCCAUCCUUCCCUCGCAGGUAUAAGGCUGUCAGGAACUCUCUCUACAGAUUUAAUUCACGUGGACGUGUAAAGCUGGAGCAAAAUGUGGAGUGAAGCAAAGCUGGAUAAAGAAAUCGCUAACUAGCUCGGUCUGUGGGAUUCCUUUCUGCAUGUUUUAGGGGUCUCAAGGGAAAGGGAGAAAGACUUGGAUACCUUUAUUGAACACUGGGGUGAUCUCUAUGUGCUGCCCUGUUUUCUGCCCCUGCACUUCCCUGCCCAGCCUCUGCAGCUGACCCUGCGUUGGUGUAGUCCUGCGUGCACUGAGGAGGAGUUAGACAAGCUCAGGGGACCUGAUGGGGACAAAAGUGCCUGUGUGGAGCUUUCCAGGACAGCAGCUGCACCUCUGGAGCGAAGGGUCUGCUGUGUGCUGCGAUGAUGGAUCCCGUUCCCCGGCUGCGAGAUGCCCUGGGUGGCACCUACCUGCCUCUUACCCCCGUGGGACUGCACUACCAGAGCGUGGUUUUGGCGAAAAAAAGUAUCUCGGGGGAAAAAUACAGCGUAAAGCAGACCUCUUGCUUUAAAUCAGGCUUCAGCAACGUCCAGAACAAGGCAGAUCCUGGAACAGGCCCGGGGGAGAACGGAGGCACUGGUGUGCACGACAAUCCCGAGUCCCCUCCCUGCUGCUGAAGUUUGUAAGCUGCAGUGUUUGUAAGCCAUAAACGAUUCUGUUCCCAACCUGCUGGGCUGGCUCCUGGAAGCCGUCUUCUCCUUGGAAAUGGAAAUCAAACCCCUGAGCACGCCCCGGAGCGGGCGGGGGGAGAAAGCUGGCACUGGCCUCGCGCAAGGGGCCCCGGCACCUCCCGGCUCCCUUCUCAGCGCCCAGGGCAGGACCUGGGGCAGCAGCUCUGCAAAACUCCCGCUCCCCAGGGCCCCCAAAACCGCGGGGCAGCAUCAGGGUAGGAAGGAGCCCGGGGGGCUGGGGUAAAAACGCCUUUUCUCCGUGGUUUAGUUCAUCCUGGGUGGGGGCUGGUGCCUAUUUUAACCCUGUUUGUUUGUUUUUUCCUGUUAGUAUGCACCAAGUGUAAUGGAUGUGUAUGGCAGCGAUGCAGGCUCGGUAAACUUUUUGUAUGGAUGCUUC